AUGGGCGCCGGCAUGAGCAGCAGAGCAAGCAUCAAACAUACAAGAGGGCCCGCAGGCUGUGCGUUUUCGGGAUUCUCACAACCUGGUGACCUUCGCACAGUGUUUGAUAUUUCAAGCGGCGUUGAUGCUGAGGAUUGGCUGCGAAUGAGAGAGCGAAAGGCGCUUAAUCACCUGCUUUAUAAUAGGCGAAUGCCAUCAGAGCAAGAACUCAGCGCCGUAACCAGUCAAGCAGAGCUAGAUGCUUACAAUGCCGAUGAGCAAGAUGCUCUUGCUGCGGCUCUUGGCGCGCCCGCACGUCAGGUUAUGCUCCGUGCAGAAGAGAUAGGGCCUGAGACGGGUUGGAGAGACGGAUACCUCAGCUCUCAGCACGGAAUGUGUCCCCCUGACUACGACGAAUCACCCGGGGCGCUUGCAAGAUCUCCCGGUAGAGUAUGGUCGGAUCUUUGUGAGAGAUUACCGGGAGUUGUUGCUCGAGGUCGAAUUCGAGAAGCAGUAGCAACCUUGCCCCUGGUGGAAGGGACUGAAGACGUCAUUCCUGACCAAGCUUUGUGGGCGGCAGUCGUAGCCCUGGGUAUCAUUUGUUCAAUCUAUCGGUUCGAAGAGAAGCACGACGGUACGCAUGGCAUAACGGAUAGCUCGACCACUCCGUCCAAUACGAGACCGAAUUGUCCUAUGGGUGACGAAUUGGGCGAAGAACUCGUUGGCAUUCCCAUGACUGUGGCUUUGCCGUACCACCAGAUUUCCCGCAGACUCGGGAGAGUGUUGCCUCAUCUUACGUUUCCGGAUCAGGCUUCCUAUAAUCUCAAGAUCAAGGACAAGACCUCAGCGAGUCCGUAUGUGGCUCGAUUUGAGAACACUCAACUGAGGUGGCCAAUCUUUGGCUACAAGGCUGAGAUUGCGUUUUUGAAGGGCUGUGCAGAUACUUCAGCGUCGUUCCAACACGGCCCAGACGCCAUCGCGGCAUGUCAGGAGCACGUCAUGAACCGCAACGUGGAAGGUCUCCUUGUGGAAAUGACAAGGCUGAAAGAGAUCCUUGAGCGCAUGCCUAAUGCCUUUCACUCCAUUUCAGUUAAUCCCAACGCUGGUGAAAACUACGUCCCUGCCAAUCAGUGGGUUCACUGGGCAAAGUUUUCGGCGCCUCUUUCUAAGCGCUGCCCUGCUACAUCAGGGUUACAGUUUCCUCCAUAUUUGGUCAUGGAUGCAUUUCUCGGUCGAAAGAAGUACAAGUCGUUCCUAGGCGCAGAAGGUGUUCAUCUCAGAGCCUGGAUUCCCUCCAACCACCGUGCUUUCAUCGCCGCCAUCGAAUACCAUUAUCGCAUACCAGAGUUUGUCGAGCAUUCAGGUGAUCCCAGACUCAUGGGGGUUCUUGAUGGUAUUGUGGAGGCUUACACUGGCGAGCGUGGAUUCAUGGGCGUGCAUCGAUACAAAGUCUUUGGCAUUCUCGAAGUCGCUGGAAAGACGGGACGAACAGAGACCAACGGAAUGUCGGGUGCUGCUGAUGCCGGACGACCUUGGGAGGAGACUCAUCGCCAGUUCUCUGACGCCAUGAAGGAGCGCCUCGAACCGUAUCGAGGGGCGCUUCCAGUUGAACCUCAUCAGAUGCGCGGCACAUUCGAGGAGUGUCGCUACGUGUCUCGCGUUUCCAACCGCGCCAUGGUAGAUUCUGAUGCUUCCAGGUCCAUUUCACUAGUCACGCUGGAUCUAUAUAACACCGGUGUAUCUUUCAUGCCUGGGGACAGAGUAGCCGUUAUGCCUCUGAACAGCUGGGAGGAGUGUGCCAAAGUUGCAGCUGCAUUGGGUUUGGAAGAACAUAUUGACCAACCCCUCGACGUUGAAGGGAAUUGGUCUCGCUUCGAGGCUCAUCUCGCAUCCGUGAGACAUACAAAGGUGCAGAAACUCACUGUGACGGAUAUUCUGCGUCGAGGUCACUUGGCACCCAUCACAAAGGAACUCGCUCUUCAGAUCCACGAAAUGCUGCAUGCCUCAUCCAAUACGGUCCUUCAAGUACUAGCUACGAAUGAGUGGCCAGUACGGGGAUCAUUAGGAGAUUUGCUCCAAAACGCUCUCGCCGAUACGCCGGCCCCGAUCUGGAACAAGGCAUUCGAUUUGAGCCAGGUAGCAAAAUGGUUGCCCAGCCUAGUCACCUUGGAAGUGCCAAGGACAUAUUCCAUCGCCAGCUACACCGAGGAUCUACUUCCCAGCACUGUUGACUUGGCUGUCUCCCGAGCAGAGUAUGAGCUCUGCGAUACCUUUGCCAAAGGUGAAAGUGUGAUGCGUGCCGGUGUGUCAAGCGGCUUCUUGAACCCCAACCCGAAUGCAGACAAUUUAUCGCUUUCCGAGGAAGACGAAGUACUGAUUGGUGUUUCUCGCCCUGUUGCAUUCCAACUUCCGCUGGACUCAAUGGCGUCUUGUGCAUUCUUCGCUGGUGGCAGCGGCAUCGCUCCGUUUCGAGGUUUCUGGCAGGCACGGUUGGCGAGCGCUGGUCUCUCCGGGGGAAGAAACUAUCUCUAUCUUGGUGUUCAGUCCCGAGAAAAGUUCUGUUUCGAAGAAGAACUAAGAAAUCUCGUUCAUGCUGGGCUCAUAGAAACCCAUAUUGCCUUCUCCAGAGACUCCCGCGGCCUCGCAUAUGACCCUCACACGCGAGAACUGGUCGAGAAACACAUUUCACCACGUUACAUUGAUUCCCUUAUUGUCGAGCAGGGCAAUACAAUUUGCGACCUCAUCAUGUCCAAGAAGCAAGGCGGUCUCGGCGGCUACCUUUACGUCUGUGGUUCCGUCUCCGUCUUUGACUCUGUAAUGAAUGGUAUUCGGAAAGCAGUUUAUACGUACCGGACCGCAACUGUUGACAAUGUUGACAUAAUUGUCGAGAAAGCAUUUGCGGAGCGACGAUUCAUGUUAGACGUCUUCAUGACGCCGAAACCUCUUCCGUGCAAUCUUCCCACGCUUCCUCUUUCUCAGCUGGCGCUUCACACUGGCCAUCGCGAAGGCACACAGAUGUGGAUCGCCGUACAUGGAAGCGUAUAUGACGUUACGGAAUUCGUACCCAUGCACCCUGGUGGAACGCUCAUCAUCAAAUCCAAUGCCGGUGUUGAUUGCUCGCAGACGUUUGAUAGCCUAGCGCAUACGAAUAACCCCGAGGUGUCUAGUUUGCUGACAAAAUAUUUCAUUGGGCACUUGACCCCUAAGCCGAAUUACCAAGGCAACGAGGUACUCUCUUCCAUGUACGACUUGUGGGCAGAUUACCUGAAAACUACAGUUGAAGUACUGGUUGCGCACCAGUUCCAAGUUCAUGAAAUGACAGGAAGCACCAUGGAUUUCCCAUCGGCAUGGAGCUCAGCUGGCACAUACAACUCAUGGUCACAGGAGAGUAUGCCAAACAGCUAUGCCACCCGCACCUUUUACGCCUAUCAGAGUCGACUCCUCCAGGGUGGUUUCAAAAAUCUGUUCGGAGAGAAGCUACAAGAACUUGUUCUCAAGUUAUCCUUCAGCUUGGCUAGUGCCAGUGUGGCUGGAAGCAUCGAAGCCAACUUGCCUGAUAUACUUGGAACAAUUGCGCGUGCUAAAACGAGUCCCGAUGCAAUCACUUGUACCAAGGAGCUUGGGCGAGUAGGUGAGCUGAUCGUCGAUAAGGAAGGCUCACUCCGCUUCUAUGAAAGAGGCGUCUUUAUGUAUGCCGCCAAGAGUGUCGAGCUCGACAUUGAACUCCUAGAGGAUCUUCGUCAGGAAGCAUGCACCGGCAUGGACGCUCUGGACGACAUCACAACACAAGGGACGUCUCAUGAUGACGACGUUGCAGACCGGGAUUCGGCUCGAGUGACUGCUCUUUCAGGGUUCCUACUACAGAUUCUGGAGCGCAUGGCUCGUCGAUUGACAAUCUACUACGCCAAAUUGGCUCAGCUCUCCGUGUACAACCCUGCUGUGGAGCGGAAUCCUGCCCGAUCACGAUGGGCACGAGUUCGCAAAUACAUUCGUGAUGGAAGCUUCUUCGUCCUAACAAACAAUGCGGAGAGUAACUCUGUCGCAACUGGACAAUCCUCCACCUACUUCAUGUCACGAACGAAUCCUAACCAGAAUGUUGACUUUGACAACGUCAUGACCAAGAUCAAUGCUACUCUUGCUGCAUCUACACGGGAACCGUCGCUGCAGCCUCGAACUCUCAAUGCUCUGCAUCAAACUCGCGGAAGAAGCACAAGCUCCUCAGAUAUACCCGGCAAUGCUGGUGCUUUACAAGCCAUAAGCCAAUUCGUGGAAAAGAACAACAAAGCCAUCCGAAGAAUGAGCAAGAUUCCCGUUGGUGGCCUAAAUCUGGAGCAACUAGCCCAAGCAGCCGCCAAGAUGGACCUAGACGCAAUUAACACAAAGACCAUGUUGAACAAGCCGCAAGCUAAUUACUCCCCAAGCUUCCUCCUCACGAAGCAGCAGGUCUUCUUCGCUCAGUCGACAGCCGUCCGUGAGCAGCGCAUCAAGCCACGGCUCGCUGGUGCAAUACCCAGUGUUGGAAGAGAAGAGCAUGCAGAAACCAAAUGGGCAUGCAAUGCUGUCCUCUAUGAUUGGACAAAUUAA